ACCGCGUUCACUCCGUUUGGUUACCGUGCGUAACUUACGCUUUACACAAAGCUUGUUUCACACGUUUUAGCCCAUGAUUGUCGAUUCAUCACUUUUUGACAGCCCACAUGAAUCAACCCUUGUGAUGUGUCAGCUAUAGGCCUUUAUUUAAUGAGUUUGGAAGCCGUGUUUAUCACUGAGAUCAGCUGGAUUUAUAGCGACAAGGAAUAAGGAGUUCUUACGACGAUGUACUCUCGAUUGCGGAUUCCUCGUUCGAUCAUGUUACUCUUCAAAAUUACUCAGCAGAAUGUUAUAGUGCAGGGUGGAAGAGACAUCGUGCCUGGAUACGCUAUUGAACGGUAGGUAGCGUCUUGUUGUUCAUAAUUUUUCUAAGAUCAAUAGCAUUAUUCUGUGUUCUAAUCUUACUUAGUUUCCUCACACUCUCAGAACAGCUGUUGUUUGUUGCGAGAGGUAAACUAAGCUUAAAUGUAACAGUGGUGAAGCGAAAGACGAGACACUUAUGAGAAAAAAUAAAACGCAAAUCUAUUACAUUUUCUACCAUCCAUACUAAUUGAAACACUAACAAAUUUACUUCAAUGCGGUCUGUUGAUGUUUGCACACCACGACAAUUAAGGAAUAAUUUAUAAAACUUUUUUUUACUCGCAGACAGAUUGGACUAUGGGCAUGCAUGUUUGUUAUGUUGUUGUUGAGUUUUUAUUCAGUGGCUAAAUUUACCUUGCUGUUAGGUCCAUACAAACUUCACGCUACAAUAAGCUUAAUCGUUAAUUUGUCAAGAAUCUUUUGUGAGCUUUGUAGAGCUUUGCAGUAGGCCAUAGUUAGAGCAGAUUUGUCAAAAUGGUGAUAAAUGGUAUCGUGACGAGUGAAUGAAGAUUUGUUUAGGAUAGGUGAUUUUUGGCAAUAUCUAUGUAUUUUUAACACUUUUGCAUGGUGGAGGUAAAUUGUAAUUGUCCCCAAAGUCAAAUAAUAUGAUAAAUAUUUUCUGUAUUCAAAGCUGAAGGUUAAACAAUUUUGAAGACUCUUGACAGACGGUACUUGGGUACAUACAUACUUCAUGGGUGGUAUGUAAAAUUCCACAUACCACCAUGUACUAUAAAUGCCACAAAAAUGUAUAUCAUAAAAAUAAAAACAAUUAAUUUGAUCUUUGCAUUAUCGUUGCUACAAUCCCGGACAAAACUACUUGAGAAAGUUUUCCCCAUCAUGUCUGCUUUCCUACGCAACAAAACUAUUUCCAAAACGACACCUUGCGGAAAGACAUCCCCUUCCCCCAGUUCAAUGUUGCUUCCUUCAAAUGCCCAGGGAUUAGGCUUUCUUUUGAAUACACAACAACAUUGCUUUCAGGAGAAGGGGGAGUGGGAAGAACUGGUACAGCUACAAUGUUAAGAAAAAUGCUCCUGUAGUAUACAAUUUUCUCAACAGUUUUGUCCAAGAUUGUAGCUUUUAAAUAAUCUUUUAAUUUUUUGCUUGACUCUCAUUUCUUUUGACCAAACUCUUCAUUGUGACAGUUUGUGACUAUCACUUACAAAAACGUGGUAUCUUUUCAUUGCUCCCAGGCAGGGAAGGACUUACUGAUAACGUGAGUCAUCUCCUGUUAUGAAGUCACAUUAAAACCAGUCAAAGCUAAAUGGUGUCUGUGUCUGCUAUCUUGAACAUUCAAUAUCUCAGCAGAAAAACGUCUUCAUCAUUAUUUUUUGCAGUAUGUACAGCUGUACAUGCAUAUUGUGCUUUGCCCUGCUAUAAUCACUGUACUUUCAGUUUUCUUGAAUAAUUUCAAUCUCCUUAAGACCUUCUAGGCCAGGCCUCUAGGUGGGAGGCAUCAGUAUAAUCAUGUUAUCUACAGUCUCAAUAAUGUUUUAAUGCAUUUCACAAUGACAGCAACCAUAAAUGCUAAUUAUUCUCACGCCCCAAGGGUUGGAGCUUGAUGUUGCUUUUUUAUGAAGAUGCCCUUUGUCUUUGUAAAAACUGUUGCUGAUACUUAUAUCACUUGUUAUGAAUAUUUGAAAUACUCACAUCAGCCACCAAAAUUGCACCAAACAUCUCACAAGUAGGGUUGCGAUACAUACAUGUAUACUGGACAGGUAUUUUUUCAAAAUAAUUGAAAAUUUACAUAAUUCGCACAAUGUUUACCAGGAUCUUCUUAAAUUUUAAAAUCAAUUAUUUAUGCCCAUGAGAAAAUAAGAUGAUAAGGUUGGUUUUAGGCUUAGGCAAAAUACAUGCAAGAAAAAUUUGGAAAUAGGUAAGUCUUGGUUUAAAAGCCUGCACUCACUUUUCAGCACCCACAUUACAGCAUGUAACACUGAUAUCUAAUCAUUCAGCAGUUUCUUAAACAAACUGCCCCCAGCUGGGUGGGAUUCUUGUUGACUGUAAACAUGAUCAUGAUAGUGCUAUAUGGGGAAAAUUUUAGUUCUCAUAGGAUCAGUAACAGAGACAGCCAUCAAACGUUCUAGGGCUUGAAAAAAACUUGAAUAGUUUCCAGCCUGUCCUAUGAGGAAACAGCUCUCUCAUAUUUUAUUUGCACAGGGCUACUUCUUGCUCAUCUUAGUUAAUUAUUUUGUUAGAAGAUGGCCUGCCUGGACCCUUACCCUUUGGGCAAGUGAGUUUAAACCUUGUUUCCAUGUGACCGUCCUGAUUUCCAUAGUCAUUUCAAAAAAAAAAUUGAGACGACUCGGACAAUUGGUAGUUUCCAUUAAAUCGUCUCAAUUGCCUUAAAGACAAGAGACGCAUGUUUGUGAUUUUCCUGGGUCAGACAAUGAAAUUUUUGUACCUGUCUGUUUUGCAAACAAGCCAAUCAUAAAUGUAUGGUGAAUUUUAAUCAGAGACUGAAACUUGUGGCUUGCUUUACUCUUGAUUUUGCGGUGUAGUCUGAGGCUAGAAAAGUUCCACAUAGACAUAGUAUCACAGUCCAGAACUUAAUGGAACAGACUUUCUCUUUUUCAAAUAUCACCCAUAUGUGGUGCAAACAUUUUUGUAUUAUUAUCUUAUACUUCAGAGAUGUCCAGGCUGAAUUUCUCCCCGAUUACUGUAAUAAAAGUGAUGAUUUCUGGGAUAGUCUUUGAUCAUUCCAAUUAUCUCAGUUGUCUGAGAGCGUUUCUGUAUGAUCACUUCAAAUUUUACAUGAUCGUCCCAAUUGUUCAGAUAACUAAAAGAACUUAAUUCAGUGUCCAAGUGAUUGAGGUCAUCUCAGUUGUCCAUGUUGCUUGUGAUCAUCUGGGUAGUGUUCCCAUAUGAUCAUCCUGAUCACUUGAACAUUAUUUGACACUACUGAAUGGGGUGAUGAGGAUGAUCCAGAUGAUCAUGUGGAAACCAGGCUUAAAAGCCAGCAAGAAAAUCCUCUUUUCCCGGAUUGCUGUAUGGGACUUUAUUCGAGCCCUGCAUCAUUUUGUUCAAGUAUGCAUUUUGAAUUACAAGUUAAGACACUUAAAUAGGCUCAAAUGAAAUAGCUCUGUGUUUGUGUGUGUUAUUAUUAGUUUGGGGAAAAAUCUUCUCAGCUGUAUGAAAAUAACUCCAGGCCAGAAUGAAAUUAAUUAACCUUAUGUUGAGUGAAUAGCUAGAGAACUGAAAACUAAUAAUAACAAAAUGAAAUAGUUAUAUUGGCAGUUUUAAUUUCAAACCCCAGAAAUUAAUUAUUCCAGUGACUUGUUGUGAUGCUCAACAUUUUUUAUUUAAGUCCUACUUUUGACUUUAUCAAUAAAUUUAUGCUUAAACAAUCUUGAGAAAUGAGUAAUAGUGCGUAUACACUGUUUUGUAGAAAGUAAUGAAGAGGAUAGUACUACAAUGUAUCUAUUUCUGAGAAUAUAGUUGUAUCAUUUCACAGUAUGAAACUUGUUUUUUGCAGGUGUUCUGUUAGAUACAGUGGUAUUAUAUUGCACAUGAGGUGAUUCUGAUACAUAUAUCACUUCAGCAACCUGCUGCUCUACAGCGUGUGUUAUUAGUGUAUUUAUACACUAUAAACAAGUGAUCAUUGUUAGGGUGUGUUUGAUUGAUCAUAUUCCAGGAUAAGAAUGCAUGUAUGCAAAAGUUGUCUUCCAGAUCUCUUCUACCCUGAUUUUUGGACCAUGUAAAUUCUACAUACCUCAAAAUAUUUUAUUUCAAGCUGGCUUUUAGAUAUUUCCAUGGCAGGAAUGCCAAAGUGAGUGAUUUCUAGAGUUUAUUCCAUUUAUUAAGAUUACUGUGGUUAGUCAAUCAAACAUGCGCUAAGAAUGGGCACCUUAAUUAGUGUUUACUUGUAAAAACAAUUUUGUUUUUCACACUGUGUGUAAGUACAGUGUCUUAUAGCAUUUUUUCUACAAACUAAUGAUAACUCACAAUAACAAUCUAUUAUUAUUUUUAAAAUAAAUGAAUUGUAAAUAAUUUGUUGAUAACUCGAACUCGCUGGUGUAAAGAGCUCGACAUGAUUCAUGUGGUUUUAUUUUCAUUCGUAGGCAAUGAGUGCAAGAUCGAAAAUUAAAGAAAAAAGGCUAUAUAUGCCUGAAGACAACCUCAUCUUGUCAGAGAUUGCCAUACUCACAGGUUGUUACUCUUGGCAAUAGCUAUUUUCUGUUAUUAAGCACUUCAGAUCAUAAUUGGCUACAUGUACUCUUAACAGUUUUCUGCCAAUAAACAGAAAUUAUUGAAUAUUAAAUGUAUAACCCACCCAUGCCAGACAAACAUAUUCUACCCAAUUCAUGAAGCUACUAGUUGCUUAAAACUGUAACUGUUGGAUUUUUUUUUUAGGAAAAUGUACUGCAUUUUGUCUUGAUGGAACUAUGUCUUUGUAGACUUGUUUAAAUGAAAUAUUUAGAUUAACUUGAUGUUGUUUCAUGUGCAGGUGGCUGUGACUUACAAGGUCAUCCCUUGGUGACACUUUCAUCUCAGCGUUACUCCAGCCUUGUCCUACUCAACCCCGCUGAUGUUAUCAGGCUGCUGAAAUAUCUUGCUUUUCUUGCCAGGUUUGUUAUGUUUAGUUUUAUGGAGCUAAUAUACUGGCAUUUAACACCUUUCAGACAAAAACAAAAAGAAGAAAAGAAAGAAAAAAACAACAAUAAAGAAACAACCAAAAUAAGUAAAAAAUUAUUUGUUUUACAGGUCAUGGUAUAAAGAGGCUGGAAUCUCUUUUCUGAUUGACUUCCGGAGUUCUAGGGAAGCUGUGGUAUCUCAUGUCAUAGACUUGAUUCAAAUAUUUCAGGUAAUUGUUUUUUAUAAUGUCUGUGAUUGAUUCAGCUUAACAUGUAUAUCCUACAAAUUUCACUGUUGUAUUCUUUGUUAUUUGUUUGUUUUAGAAUGACACUUGUUCAGUUCGAAGUCUUUACAUCAUUUUACCAGAGAAUAAGCAAGUGAAGAGACAUUUAACCAGAGAGAUUCAUGCUCGGCACGAAAAAGGACAGCUUAAUUUUCAGGUUAAUUUACACUGUAUAUUAAAAACGUAUGUCACAUGCUUGUAGCUCCCUUCAAAUCCAGUAAUUGAAUUGAAUUUGCUUUCAAUCAUUCCUCAUCUAGAACUCAGUAUGGACAGGCUGGCCCACUAGGCAGUGUAUACAAAACUGUCACAGCAAAUGAACAGCAAAAUAAAAUAAUGUACUAUGUCAUUUUCAUUUUCUUUUCAUAUCUCUAAAUGAAAGUGGAAAGUUUUUGCUUUUGAGUUAAGAAAUGGAAGUAAAAGUUUCAAAUCAAAUAAUCGUAAUAAGUUUAAAUGUUUGUUAGUAUUCAUUAUAAAUUAAGCUUAGUGUCUUUUCAGACUGUUCCAGUACAGGGAACAUCUAAUCUCUUGACCUACAUUGAAGCCAGUCAACUGACUUCCGCUUUCGGUGGCUCACUUGCUUAUGAUCAUAAAGCAUGGAUCAGGUUGCAAAAGGUAUCAAAUUCACCUUGAUCUUUAUUCUACAAUGUAUUUUUUGUAAAGAAUAACAAAUAAAUACUGUAUACAGUCAAACCUCUCAACAACAACCACGUUGGCGACAGAAGAAAGUGGCCGCUUUGGAGAGGUGGCUGUUAUGGCCGGGGAGGUAAGGGUGUCAUAUGACAAUUUUUUUAGGGGUACAAUAUGUUUUUUGUGCUACGUUCAUGGUUACUGUGUCCCAUAAUCAUGAUAAUCCAAUCAUAUAUAAUGUAUAGAGAUAAAAUACAUAAAAAGCUCGAGUUAUGUCUUGAAUCAAAAUGUUAACGUGACAAAACGAGCAACGUUUGCAACAUUCGCUAUAAGUAUCGUAGACAAUUUUUGCUUACUGCAGCAGUAUAUUAAAAUGAAGCAAAAAUACGAUGGCCUAGCCUCCCCUCAGACGUCCUUUGGGGUUCGUUUGUCACGCAUUCAUUUCUCCCCUAAUGCGUGACAAACGAACCCCAAAGGACGUCUGCGGGGAGGCUAACGAUGGCCGCGAUUGAUCAUAAACGUCUCAAUUCGUGACCAUCCUUGACUUUUUCAUCAGUCACUGAAAAAAAAAAACUGGCCGCGUUGUCGAGAGGUUAUUUUGGCAGUUCGGGACAUGCGUUAGUGGCCGUUGCCGUUGUGGAGAGGGGGGCGUCAGUGCAGGUUCGACUGUACCUUACUUUUGUAGUUGCACAUGCAUGUUCGAUUAUCCCCUCUAUUAAAACGCAUGCUUUUUACAUUUCUACACUUUCAGUUUUACAGCUAUUUCCGGCGUUGUCUGUAUUGUUUUCUGUCAGAAGCAUAUAAUGCUUCUGUUAUAUGCUUCUGUUUCUGUCCAUAGAAGUUGGAGGAAUUCUAUUUCACUAGCGACUACAUCACAACUCAUCUACCUAAAGCACUAAAUGAAGUGAAAUCUCUAAAAAGGAUGCAGUCUAGAAAGGAGCAAUCUGGUGGAGAUUUAGUCCUUCAGAGAGUGGAGACAAAGAAGGCAAAGAUAAAACGGUAAAUAAUCCAGCGUGGCUGCUUGUACCGCCACAGUACUAGAAUUUCUCUUGAACGUCAAAAGUUAUUAGUAGCUAGAAGUUGAACAAUUGUUGGUUUUGCUUUGCUUCGUGAUUGGUGGAGAGAAUUUCCGCCGCUUCUCAUGAACCAAUCAGAAAUAAAAUUAUUCCCGCGCUUUGUGUUAGGGGCCGACUGUGCAUGUGUUUAUGUAACCGUUUGAAGAAGUUAUCCAUCUCAUGAUCAGUUUCAGAGAAAAUGAUCAUAUUGUCAUGGAGCGUGCUUUUUUAUAUAACCUUCAGUGAUUUAUCCAUCGAUGUUGCCAUUGAAGAAGGAAACCAUCUCAGAGAGCUGACGGUCAGACCUGGAUCUGACAGAACGUUCUCAGUGAUGUCCAAAACUCCUCAGUAUGCCUCUAUGAUGGAAACCAUCCAACCUUACCGUGACCAGCUCAUGCAAGCUAAAAAACAGCUACAAGACGCCUUGGAAGGAGGAACUACUUCUCACCCUGUUCCGGUCACUAGUUCCCAGGCCAAGGAUGUUCUUGAACUGAAAGAGAAUCUGAGUCGGGUAAGGCCUCUGUGAAUUAACUUACGUUACAGAAGAGCGCAAACUGGAAACUUUAAAUGACCUGACUUUUAAUUAGUGAUCCUGAAAUGCGGAAGCGUCAGCCGUAGAGCUUUACGCAAAAACUAAAUGAAUAAAUAAUUUAAUAAAUAAGGUUAUGGCUAUGUUGAUGAUUAUAAACAGUUUCUUCAGAGUUGUUCUUGACAAAAGAAGUCGUAGGACUCAAGGUGUGAUGUGAGUUAGAGUCCUGAAUGAAAAUGUGAAAUAAUUGAUUCUUUCUUACAGUUAGAGGUCUGUAUUCCACAUAACACCUUGAGUCCUAUGCCGUAUUAAAGUUGUGUGACAGUAAAGCGCAAACUGCAAACUUUAAACGACCUGUCAGUUAGUGAUUCUGGCAACGGAACUACAGUGUAUGAGCCAGAGGCUUCUGUGCAAAUACAAGGUUAAAGCUAUAUUGAUAUGGAACAGAUUCUUCAGAGUUGUUGUUAACAGAAGAAACAUGUAGGACUCCGCGGGCAGGUGUAUUGUGAAGUACAGACCGGUUAACAAUUUCUGUUGCAUGCCAGCUGAGGUCUCUACAUAACGCUUUGCACCGUAAACAUUGCUAAAUUUACCUAUGGAUUAAACAUUCCAUUUGUACGCAGCUGUUUAACGAGUCUAGAGAUACUUAAGUCUAUGUGGUAAACUAUUGGCAUACAAUUCUGCGCAAGAUAAACACGAAUUUUGGACACUUAAGUGGUAUGCAAGUUAAAAACUGAGGCUAUGACAGACCUCAGCUUAUGCAUGUAUCCUUGAUGUCCCGGAACAUUGGGAAUUCUCUCUUUAUAUAUUUAUACACGUGCCUUAUGUCGGAAAUGCGUGCCAGCUGUCGCAGAAAUCUGCAGCGCGUCAGUGUAUUAAAGAAAAGUAUAGUAAAGCGCAUCAUGUUUUCCUGGAUUAUCUCGGAUUAAACAGCAGAUAAUCAGGGAUGUCUUAGUCUUCUUGUUUUUAUAAGUUAGGAAUGUCCUCGGAUCGUGUGGCACUUUUCCGUAAUAAUCUGGGAUAUGGAAUCCACAUCGCAUAAAAUUAUGCAAGAAACAGUCCGCCAAUACUGCAGAUGACCAUAUAUGAUGCAUUAUUAGUCUACAUAUUUAUUCCGAUCAGAUCAAAGAAGAAAUGGAGCAAGCGCCAUCAUUUACUAUACUAUUCGCACAUAGCCUUAACAAGGUACCACGAGAAUACCUUGAAAGGGCUUUUCUUUCGCAAAGAGAAGUCACGAUACGAGUAAACUUUGGUUUUACUGUUCUUGUUGUAGCUGGUAAAAUGGAUUCGUGGAGAUGCUGAAGAUCAAUUAAACACAUUCUCUCAAGCUUGCGAUUCUCUGCGAUCAGCCAAUCAAAGUAAAGCACAGUUUGACGGGGAGUUUUAUCCACUGGCUAAGGUUUGAUGAAACAUUUUAUCAUUAUGUUUACAAGCCAAUGAAUACAAUACAGCUGCCUUUUGUUGCUAACCGCUGCUUGGGAAGUUUCGAGGCGGUAAGCGAUGAGAGGCGGCUUCAGGCUGAGUUAACUAACUCAUUAUCAUCAUCGAUGGACUGCAGGCUAAAAGGCUUCUUUUGACUGUUGUUUUGGCUAUUUGGUCGGCAGAUAGUUGCCUAUGGUUGUCACCUACUAAAGAGGUAUCCUGUCGCCCUAGUCUGCGUUCACCUUGAGACACUUCAUGACAGGGAAUAAAGAGAAUAAUUUGUGGCUAAUUGGUCCUCAGUUAACGAUCUAUAUUUCCUGAUGUAAACUUAUUAAUUACUGGCCAAGCAGGCGUCUUGCACACAAACUUGAAAUUUGCCUUGUCGUAUUGCUCAAUUCAUUUUGUUAUUUAACUCCGAGAAUUUUGCGUGACCGUUGUUUUCAAUCCAGAGGAAAAUGCAAACUAUUAGGCGACAAAGCCGAGAAGGUGUCUAUGGGCAAUGUAAAACUGGCAAAUACAACUGUUUUUGUUAAGUGUCACGUCAUCCUAUGUUUGUUUAUUUGAACAGGAAGUAAUAUUUCAAGGAAGAGGGCUGGCAAAGCAAGCUGAGGAAAUGAGCACCAGAAAUCUUCGCGACAAGAGACCCCUUCAAACUGCCUCUAAAGUUUUAACAUCUGAUCUGGAAAACUUCAGCAAUAGAGUGGAACAUGUAAAACGCUGGCUGGAAGAUGCUGUCAAUUUUUACAAUCUUUUGAAUAAGGCGAGGGACCCAAGUAGUCGCCAAUCCUUUAUGUAAUCGCUUUUCCUCUAACUACAAACCAGUGGUCUUUUCUCUCAUUGGUAUUUGCUUUGAUUAAAUUAUGUUAAAGAGACAAAAAGAGGAAGACUUUUUAGUUGAAGAUUUGUCAUUUGGCCUUACAUAAUGAACCGCAUCUGAAACGCCCUCUUUAUUCCUUAUUUGCUGAAACAAUCUAUGGCCAAAAAAAUACAUGUAGCAAUUUGAUUGGCUUAGAGCAGUGGUAUUUCAGCUUAAUUUGAAAUACCUACAUGUGAAAAUUACAAACCUUUUGCGGGCAGUAGUAUAAACAAAUAAUAGCAUGAUUUGUACGUGAUAUUUGGCAUAAAUACCACUCGUGAUAUUUCAAAAUUGUCUCAAAUUUCACUCGCCUAAGGGCUCGUGAAAUUACGUACAACAAGUCUGAAAUAUCACUCGUGGUAUUUAUGCCAAAUAUCACUACAAAUCAUGCUAUUACCUGUACUAACAUCCGUAGUACAUGUAACUUCAAUAAGAUUGAACCAUUAGUUGAACCAUUAUUAGUUUCGUUUUUCUAGAAACCUACGCCCACUGCACUGUCUCAUCCGAUCUCUCACUUUUACAUUAAAAGGGAAUGCUAAACAAUAGCGUGACCGAACGGUCAUGAGUUCUUGGUUUUCAAUCUGGAGGCGUUCAUAUCCUUCCGUGACGACAGCUAGAAGGAGUUGUAUUCUGUAAAUUCCACCAGUUUAGAGUGUUAACCAUCCAAAUUAUUGUUUUUGGUCACUUGCUCGGCGUAACUAAUCUUUGUGCAAUAAAUGCUGCCGAGGCUUAUUAAAGGACAUUAACAUUUGCUUCAUUAUUAUAUUUAAAAUGUGCCAUUGUCUUAUUUACCUAGGCGGAGACGUGGUACAGUAAAGCGGCUGAGUUCUGGCCCUCCAGCUCAACACGCUCUACUUCCUACCGGGACCUACAACUUCAGGAGGGAAGACUGGCGAGGUUUCUGGUCAAGUACCCACCCCUCUCCCCUCAGGAGCUGCUACAUUUGGAAACGUUUUUGGAAAAAGUCCCGGAUACCCAUUUAAGGAACCAAGCAAAGCUACUAACGCAUCGUUGUAAACAGCUAGAAAAGAUUAUCCGUGCCCGCGAGACUCAUUUAAUUGAAUAUGGCAAUGGACGAGAAACAAGCAAUGAGGAACGUUCAGUAGAUGCUCCUGGGAGAAUGCCAAGGUUUGUUCAUCAGUUAUUCUGUACGAAAAACGCCGGCUCCUGUUAUUUUUAACAGUUUCUUCUGGGUUCGAAGGUACCUUGCAUUUCGAUGCUAAGUUUAUCCAACCCAGAUUCUCCAGUGCCUAAAAGGAACGAACACAGAAAGACCUUCAGGAUAAAAUUGCUCAUGUCGUGGAAGAACCAAAACAGACACAGUCUCAAGGCUCUCUUUUUUACACUGAAUGGAUUCCUUGAAAAGUGGGAAAUGGGGCCUGAAAGUCCUUUAAUUUUUUGUUCGAAAAAGGGUACGAACCCUGUUUCUUCCUUUGCAGCGGAAGAGAGUUAAGAGAGAAAUUGAAAAACUCCAGGAAAUGUUUGACAUUUUCCGCUAAUUCAAAAUUGUAACUUAAACAAUAAGCAUGUCCGUGUUUAUGUUUGUCGUGUCUACACAUCAGCAGUGCACUGUCGCUUAACUUAUUCCGUAAAGAGUUGUGUGACAUGCGUGAUCAUGAAGUUGGUUUGAUAAUAAUUCAAUAUUUAUGGUUUUUCAAUUUCAGCGAAUUCCUCAAACAAACUGCGGCUGAAUCUGCAUACAGCAGGCUCAAGAACACACCCAACAGAACUAACAACAGUAAUGGGUCAUUGUAUACCCGGUCACGUGAUUACUCCUCAGCUGAAGAAACCCUUAUUUUACCGACACCUCCUGUGAGACGACCUGCCACAGCGAUAAAUGGAACCAGUGAUUCGGCGGCAAUGGACUUGAAACAAAAGCAGCCUCACAGCGGGGAAACUUCUAAACUGCCAGACUCGUCGCAGUCUUACUUUAACGGAUUUGUGAAAGGUGAUGUGAUGAGUCAAACAUGUCCCCCUGGGGAAACAGGGAGAUAUCUCAAACACAGUAGGGGUAGCGAUCCUAGAGAAAGCUUUGAGAGACAGCCGAAAUACGUCAAUUACCCCCUGGUGCAGCAAUUAGAACAAAAUGGCGAUUUGUUGAACAACGCACCUUUAAAAUCCUAUACGAGAAAAAUGGCGCCUAAGAAACCGGCGCGGAAGAAAGUCAAGAAAACGGAAGAAGAAUCAAAGAACAUAGAUAAUCUGCUUAUGGAACAGAUGAAACUGGAAAAAGAACUAAAGGAACUUCAACAAAUCAGAGAAAAAAUUGUUCCUCCACUUGACUUAAGUGAGCUGAACGCAAACCACGCAAGUUACAGUGACCACGAACGCUACCUGAAUCGUAAAUCGAUAUCAACUUCCGGUCCAAGCGUCAGUAGUCAGGGUAGACACCCAAAAGACUUCAAGGUAUCCUCCUUAAGUUCGGGUCAUUUUACUUCCGGUCCUUCGUCCCUCACAGUUAAACCGGAACUAACUUCGGAUGAUUCGAUAGAUCGAGAAGUGGAAGGCUUGCUCAGUGAGGUGUUGUUUUUAAGAGAUGACGAAGACGAUACGUCUCCUUUGAAACACGAUUCUCUUUCUCCUGAAGUUAAAACUUACCCAUAUACAAAUGGAGCGCAGAGUUCUUCACCCAAAGUCACUACCAACGGUUAUUAUAACGGUGUUCAUGAGCCGAAAAUUACCAACAGCGUCGUUGACAGCUCACCGUCAUCUUAUGGAUAUACCCCACCACCUGCUGGAAUUAAAAAAUAUCACCCAAGGGUUUCGGAUGUAUCACAAGACAAAAUUGAACAGUUUUGUGCGUUAAAACAGCAGGAAAUGUACUGGAUGAACCGGAUUCGACAUCAGCGGCAAAUACUCGCACAGCCGCUAAACACUGUUGUAAGACAUGAGGUAGAGGAGCAGUACUUCUACGCACAAGAACAGCUUUCUGGUAUUGAGAAAGCCAUUGCAGAUUUAUUUCAACAUUUAUCCCCCGGUGAAGUUGAAGUCUUAGUUAAAAAUGGCGUGGUUAAACCAGAUCCAGAAUAUAUUCUUUCGCCAUUUAAUUCGCAUUCAUUGCAAACCAAUUACUAUACGAACCCGUCUUACAAUCAAUUCGGCCAGCGGUCUCUUGCUCAGCAACCGCAACAGAAUGCAGCAUAUCCUUUAGUCCCAGGCCCAGCUACUAACGGAAUAAAUGUUCCGCAGAGACUUGGAUACCAGCAAACAACAUCUCAAACUCAGUUUGCCACGAAUUUGGCUCCUUUUCAUUCACAAAGGAUAGGGAAUGCAUUCACUGGAUUCCAGGAAACAAGUAUUGGUAGUGGGAAUGUUUCUAACCAAACAGGUACGCGUGCGUCUGAUGUAAUAGUUAAUAAACCUGCUUCUGUUAACAAGGAGACACAAACAGUAAAUGGAGUUCAUGCCCACAAUGGAACAACCACUAGUAAUAUUUUAGAUCGUGAUUUAAAGAAAACUGAAGAUAAUAGUGAUGAGGUGAACCAAAGAGAAAGGACACGAAAUAUUAGCAUUCUCCCUGUUAGUCAAAACACCUCGACAAAACUACCACAGGCUGAAGAUAGUGAGCAACGCAUCAGUAAUCCUGUUGAUAUUACAGGCUUAUCAAAUGAAGCAUCACCUGUCAAUCAAAUUGCUGUUGGUAAACAGGAAGACCAACCCAGCGGCGAGUUCGUUGUCCAAGGAGCUGGUAAUGAAAAAGAAUAUUAUGUUGCCCCUGAAGAAAAUGGAAAACUAGUGGCUGUAAAGCGGCCAAGUUUUGAUGAUCAUGAAGUUGUAAAACUAAAAGAAAAGCUUGAGUUUGAACAAAAGGAAUUGAGCGACAGCCUCAAAAGAGAGGAAAUGAGGUUCUUGGAAGAGCAGCGCCGACUGAAAGAAGAAGAAGAACGACAAAACCAGUGGAUGGCGGAACAAGAAAACCGGCGGCGGCGCAUUCAAGAAAGUAUGACCAUUGAUGAAAGGGAGGUGGAGAUGGUGGAACAGCAACUGUCAGUGGAUGAGGUGAAAAAUCGUAGAUGUUUUAUUUUUUAGUUUUGAAAGAAAAAAGAAACUUUUGUAUAACGUUUGCCUUCGCGUAAGCUUAAGCUGAUUCGAUACGCUUGAAACUUUAAUAAGACAACGCAGUCACUGUCUACAUUCAAGACGUACGCCCUCGUGAGCGCCAUCUUGACUCCCCAUAGCAUCACUUGCUUUUAUCUCUAUUGAGUAAACACCAGCCCUGUUUAGAGGUCAUACUUUAACUAGUGUAUUAUUAUUUUUUUAUUUUUGUGUGUAGGAACCUGAUGUAAAUAAAAAAGACACGGAAGAAAUACGCGAGAAGAGACUAGCAUAUUUCCGUUCCAAAACAAAUUCCGAAACAUUUGAUCAAGCUAAUGAGACAGAGUCGCUAAGCAGUGAACCACAGGACCCCCAGUGGAUUAUGGCUGAAAAUACCGAGUUAAAGGAUAUCAACACUGAACCGCAAAACCCGGAGCUUGCUAUGAAGGAUAGCGAACUUGUCAUGGAAAGUGAGGACGCUGAUUCCAACCCUGCAGGCUCAUCUCCAGUAGAAAGUCAGCUUGAGGAUAUAGACAUUGAACAGUGCGAUUUCAUCAGCGAGGAAAGCAAAGUAUCGCCAGAAGAUGAACUUAUAGAGCUGCUGAAAGCGGCCUCAGAUAGAACGUCGCCUGAAGAUCCCAAGGAAAGCUUCGGCGGGGUGGACGUUGAUGAAAUAAAAGAUAUAAACAUGGAAAAAGGGGGGUUAGUGGAAGAAAAAGAGGAGGAACUUCCUGUUGAGUUACAUAGCACUGUUGCUAACAAAGACUGGAAAUCAGAUGAUGAGUCUGAUAGCUCUGAUGAUGUUAUUGAAAGGUUUGAAGCUAGUUUAAGUCUUGAAGAGCAAGGUAAUUUCAAUAAUCCAGUGUUUCGAGGUUAUUCACAGACUAAAAAUGAGGAGGACGUGAAUUUACGGCAUGAGAGCUUUGAUAGUGAAGAGGGUCAAGAAGAGGAUGCAAGAAAUGAAGAUGGUGGAACAGCUGAAGACCAUGCUGAUUUAGAUAGUAGCCUGCUUACCGAUACCAGCGCUAAUCAGAUAGAAGAACUAGUGAAAAGACUGGGCGAGAUUGAGAAUGAAUUAAGUGACAUUGAGGUGGAAGGUUCAACAGGCUUGGAGACGACAACGAAAUCUUCGGAUCAGGAGUUUGAGGAGAUUGAAAGAUUGAUGUAUGAAGAAAAAGCUCGAAUUGCAGCAGAAGAGAAAACAAAACAGUUAGGUGAAAAUGCAUUAAGUGAUUCCUCAGACGAGGAGUUUAAACAGCUUGAGAAAGCUCUGUAUGAGCAGAAAGCUCGUACCGAAAGAAAGAGUAAAAGCGAUGAUUCAAAUGAUGAAUUCGCAAGAACGGCCUCAGAUGAAGAAUUUGAGCAGCUUGAAAAAAUGGCUUAUGAUGAAAGGACACGAAGUCAGUUCGAGGCAGAAAAUGUGUUAGGAAAACAAGAUGAAAAAUUGGCUAGUAGAGAUGCGGUCAAAGAGAACGCAAAACCCCUCUCUCCACCAACUCUUUCCAUUUCUUCAAAGAAAGCAGAAGAGGAUGAUCUUCUUGACAUCAUAGGUUCAAGUGACUCGGAAGACACCCUGAGUUCUGAAGAGACCGGAGAGAAUUUAGCCGAAGUAGGGAAACUCAUCCUAGCACAAGCGCGAGAGCAGUCGUCUGAUGACCGAGAAACACUGGGAUCUGAUGACGAGAAACCCUCUGACCGGAACGUCACGUGGACUGUGUCAACUCGUACCAGUGCUCCGGCGCCACCUAUUUCCGCUCCUGUGGCGAGUGAACAUAACGUGGCUUUUGUAAGUUUAAAUCAUCGUUCUUUUCUCUUAGUGUUAAUGACGAUAGUUAAAUACUUUUAUUUUUACCUAAUGCACACUUAAAUUUUUCUAACAGAGCGUUUCAUUUCUAGGAGCAUAGCGGAGGAGUUGUCGCAGUAAUCGAUAAUGGCUCGGGUUUCUGCAAAGCGGGAUUCUCCAAUGAAGAGCAGCCUCGAGUAGUUUUUCCGGCUGUGGUCGGCAAGCCGCGUCAUCAGGUGAGAACUUUCAUUUGGUAAAAACUUUUGUAGUCUUUUGCUUACCGUAAAUGAACCUUAAUAACAACUGGGGCGUCGAUCAAAUUUAUAUAGUAUUGAACUGCAGCUGUAACUGCAGUAAAUAAAGGGAAAGAAUUAAAAGAGUGAUAUUUUAAAAACGUUUCUGAAGGCACGUUUCCAAUGGCACUUUUGUCAGCGUUGUAUUGUUUUAAACAGAAGCGUACAGCAUUAUUGUUAGAAAGAGCCGGGCUUAAAUUUGGUUGUGGACUGCCACUGAUAUUACUUUAAGGCUACUAGUCACCUGUCUCUGUGUUCGUGACUUUCCACAGGAGGCUAUGAUGCAAGAUUACAGAGAUUUUUAUAUUGGCGAUGACGCACAGAACAUGCGUGGCGUUUUAACUCUGAAGUACCCACUGGAGCAUGGGAUCGUGCUGAACUGGGAUGAUAUGGAGUCCGUGAGUGUCAUGAUUCAGAUAGCUGUUCCUCACACGUGUCUUCCACUCUUUGUGCUCGACCAAUCAGAAGAUAAAUAAAAACCAAUUGCGACUUCUCUGGAAGCAUUUCCCGCGCUUAUUUAUUGGCGCAUUCUGAUUGGCUAGUUGGUUAUAUGUUUGUAUUGCAAUAGGCCAUGUCCGAGUUCCCCCGGGCCUCUGUUUCAAAACGAGGGUAGGUGCACAGCCUUUGAUAUGGAAAUCAUAUUUCAUUCCCAUGCAAAUAGAACUCAUUUUCACAAGAAAGGUUGUGCAUCUAGCCUCAUUUUGAAAGUGGGGGUUUUUGGAACUCGGAAGUGGCCUAUUAUCAGACUGAGUAAUCACCGUUGGUGUGGUGUUGCGGCACUUUAAAAGCGCUGUAUAAUGAGUUACUGUUUUGAUCGCUUGUUUGUUGUUUUUUUUUUGUAUGUGUAGAUCUGGGCUUACACUUACGACCAGCUGCGAAUAGAUUCCCAGGAUUACCCGGUGCUGCUAACAGAGGCUCCGUUGAACCCCAAGUUUAACAGGGAGCGUAUGUUACAGAUUAUGUUUGAAACUUUUAAUACACCUUGUCUGUAUGUAGCAGUGCAAGCUGUUAUGGCGCUCUACUCUACAGGGAGAACUACAGGUAAGCCACCGCUUUGUUUGUUGUUUUCGGGCUCUUUUGUAGGCUUCAAAUUGUUUUACGUUUGCUUUGAAAAGAAGACAAGGUUCACAUAGAAUGCCACUUAUGACAAAGAGAUUAAUAUGUAAAUAUGAAGAAAAACUCAUAUAUUCAGGUCGUAUUAGAACUUAAUUAUUGGUAUGAAGAUAAGAAUAUGAGUCCCAUUUUCUGUAUCGAAGCGCUAAGCAUGCUCGCUUCACUGCAGAUUAAAAUGGUUAAACCUCCCGAUAAAAGGGAGUCAAUGGAAGGAAGACCACAACAAGUGCCACUGCAAAAAUGACAAAGCCGCGUUUCCUCCAUGUUUUCGCGGGCUUUUCCCCCGACGCCUAGGGCAUGCUCAUUGGAUACAUCUAACCGCUGAACGGCCAAUGCAUACUCAUAACGUAUGUUACAUGUUACGCAUAACGUAUACGUAUGAAAUGGCUCUUAACGUAAUUAUAUUGUGUUCAUAACGUAUUUGUGCGGUAAGCAACAUAACGUAUAUUUACGCUACGUACGUAUAAUUCGAACGUAUAUUUACGUUAUCAGAUAACGGUUCGUAACGUGUAGGUUUGCAUGCAUCUUGUCAACGGCGUACAAAUAUUGAUGUGAAAAUACAAUUUAGGUCGGUUUUAUAAUACCCAUAUUCUUAUCUUGAUACCAAUAAUUAUGGUCUAAUACGAAUAUUUGAGUUCUUCUUCAUAUUUACUUAUAAAUCUUUCUGUCAUAAGCGGCAUUCCAUAAGGAUAUGUUGAACCUAGCAUUAAACAUUUGUAAAUUCAUACAUGUAUUAGUUUAAUUGAUGCGCAAAGAACACGUAUUUCCAGCUUAUUUCCUUAUCGCAAAGCCUUUAGUUAUGUUUAAUUGUUACAUGAAGGUCGAAUUUUGUCAACGUGGAUUUUUUAUAAAGGUUAGGGUCACGUAGGUUUCUUUUAUAAAUGAGUUUUGUUUUGGAUCACGUGGUUUGUGGUGGUGAAGGAUAGUGUGUAACGUACAAAAGAACCAGGUUUUUUUGCCUCUGUUGUUUGAAAUAGCUUUACAGGAAGUUGAGAACCGUACUGCGCAUGAAAUAUCUUGAGCUUAUCAGCGAUUUUCUGUUGUACUGAUAACAGGCACCGUCUUUGACUGUGGUGAUGGAGUGAGCCAUACAGUACCAGUCUACGAGGGCUACUGGCUCCCUCACGCCACUCAGAGAAUGGACCUAGCCGGAAGGGACCUCACCAGGUACAUGAUGAGGAUCCUCAAAGAACAGGGCUACUCUUUUACGACGACAGCAGAGAUGGAGAUCAUACGGGAUAUCAAGGAGAAGCUAGCCUAUGUUGCACUUGAUUUUGAGCAGGAAUUGCAAGAAUCUGAGACCAGCAACAAGUUCGAGGAGUUAUAUAUGGUGGGUGGGAUAAUGUCUGAAAGAGAUGUGGGAGGGGAGAGGGGAAAGGAUGAUUUGUGGCAAAAUAUUCACCGACGUAAAGGAACAUUCACGCGACACGCAACAUGUUGUACGCGAAGUCAGCGUAGUACUACUAUGAGACAGAGUGCGCUUUCGCUUGUCCUUUCAAACUAAGUUCGUGAGCUUUGAUUAAGCGAUUGUCACGACAGGCUGUCUUUGAAAUCCCAAAAUGAAACAAGUUUUGAUCAAAAUAUGUAAGCAUUUGUUUCAUGUGAAAUGCAGCAGGUUUUGAAGCGGAGCAAAAGGAACAGUUGUCAUUGGAUUAACUUUAACCGACAUGGGAAUAACUGGCCCCUCGUUAUCACGACCUUAGUGAAUUACUUUUCUUUGUAACUAGAUUUCGUCAGCGUAGUUUACGUAAGAUUACACCAGAAUGGCUUCUGUUAAAACUAGGUUUACUGUGGUAUCGUUUACUAAGCCCUUCCUUCUUCUCGCAUCUCUGUUACAUUAAAUUAGUCACGCACACUUGGCGGCCAAGUUCACAAAAACAGACCUUAACUACAACUCAAACGAUUAUACUGCGCUUGUUUCUUCUUUUCCAGCUCCCAGACGGCCAGUCUAUACGCUUAGCAAGCGAGCGGUUUCGCUGUCCAGAAGUACUGUUCAAUCCCAGUAUGCUUGGUAGGGACAUUGUUGGAAUUCACGAGUCUAUCUACAAAUGUAUUACUAAAUGUGACUUGGACAUCAGAAAGGAAUUACUUGAGAACAUAUUGUUAUCAGGUGAGAUAGGUCAUUCUUUGAGUACUAACACUGCUUAUGAAUUGCCAGCCAGUAAUACUUAAUGAACCCUUGCUUCCAUCUGAAUCAUAUCAGGGAGAGAGAGGUUGGGAAGUCUUACGUCGGUUGUCUUAUUAACUGUAGGGCGACCCCGGGAGUUGGAGGUACUCCUUAUAAUGGCCAAUACGGGGAGGCUCCGCCCUAAAGGAGUAGAGAUUUCGUUGGUUGAAUCAUAUGAAAGGGUAGGGUGUGUCUAAAAGGGUUAACAAGAUGCUACGCUCGCUCCGCAGAAACUAUUGAAUGGGACCUCUAUCAUAGCUUCAGCCGACUUUCUUUACUCUCGGUGCUUGCAGUGACGGUGAAAGUGAGAGAAAAAGAAAAACAGCUUGGCUUUCAGAUGAAGGACACAUUUUUAAUACGACUCAAUAGUCUGUCAAGUGUCCUGUUACUAGGGCGGACAAUACGCUGCUAUAGAAGCUCUGGCAAGUCUCAUUUCUUCCCUCUUUCAGUAAAGCAGCUCGUAAUAGUGCCUUUCAAAUUUGACUUUUGCAGGCGGCAGUACCAUGUUACCUGGGCUAGAACAAAGACUUCAUAAGGAGAUUUUUACGCUAGUCAAUCCACGUGACCCAGGACGCGUCAAGGUCAUAAGCCCGGAUGACCGGAAGUACGCCGUGUGGAAAGGCAGUGCCGUGCUUGCUGGACUGUCGACUUUCCCUCAGAUGUGCAUUUCAGUUCAAGAGUAUGAUGAGAUGGGUCCAGACAUUGUUCAUAGAAAAUGUUUUUAAUGUAAUUAGGCCUCAUGGCAUUUUUUACCCUGCUUUGCAGACAUAAUCUUACCCUGGCUAGUGAUGUCUGUGAAGCAGCCCUGAGAUCCUUGUUUGGCACCCUCAAUGAACUCAACGAAUUACCAGAUCUUUUUGGCUUGUACGUUUUGUUUUCCCAAUUCAAACCACGUGACGUUCUCAAGGGAAUUUUUAUUUUGUCGUUUCGUAAGUUAUACAUGCAUAAGCACGUGAAUAAGAAGACAUUUGAAAGAAACAGUUCUCUGGGGGAACAUCACAUUGCCCGAGAUGAGAAAAACAAAACAUACAAGCUUAAAAGGUCUAUUUUUUAUCAAGACUGAUUGGCCAAUCAAACAAUGGCUUUAUUAACAGGCCAUUCAUGGUACAUUAUGAUAGCUAGUGAGCAAGACCAAGGUUUCCUGUGCUGUUUCGCAGAUGGACGUAACUAGAGGUUUAGUUUCGUCUGUCACGCAGUCUAGUCAUGUUACACUGGCGAACGUCUUUUAAUACUCCUGUUUCUCGAGGCUUUCUAGUGUACGUCCUCUCCUCCUCGAUCGGUAUCUAACGCCUAACGUUCUAUGAGACAAAAUCUCGACUCAGUCGUCUAGUCGGCUCUACGAGACAUGCAGCCGUAAGAUAAUUGAGCAUUUUUCGUUUUCUUUUCUCGUGAUUUUCUUGCGAGUUUAAAAAUACAAACAACGAACAGCAACAAACAGCAGCAACUUGUGCCACAGGUGAAUCAAGGGAGCAUUGACCAGGGAAGCACAGCGUUGUAAAAAUUUUUCGUCGUUUAGUUCUAUUUUAUGAGCGAAGAGAUAUUUAAAUGCGAAAUUGCUACUGUAUUCAUGGUAAAAAUGCAUUUCGCAAUAACGUUAUAAUGUAUCAUUUUAUAUAUUUUGGGUCUGCGAAGGUAAAGAUGUUUUCGAAAAAUUUUUCAGCUUCCUAAUGUUGGAUAUUUUAUACUAAUUAAUUUGAAGAUUAUAUUUAAGCUUUGUAUAAAAUGCAUUUGUAGCCCGAUGUGUUGUCGAGAAAAAGCUAAGUGAUUUACAAAAGCUAAGCAUUUUUAACAAGUAAUUUUAAAACAUUUUGUACUCAGGUAAGAUGUAACUUACUACCGUUUUUGUUCAAGUUGGUUGUAACUUUCGACAUUUUGUCCGUAUAAGGCCUCCAUAGUAAAUUCUGGACUUCCUUAUUCGAUCUAAAUCAAAUGACGAAAAAAUAAUUCUAGAGAUAAUUCUAAUUCUAUAAUUCUAGAGAUAACUCCUCAUACCAAAAGAAAGCAGAAAGAAGAAGAAGAAAAAAAAAAACAAAUAUGUUAGAGCUACAAAAGAUGCAGUUCAGAAUUUAUACAGCUUCACCCGUUUCGUACUUUACAGAAUAACUGCGCGCUUUCCUGUAAAGAUUCUUGAUGGUAACAUUCAAGUUGGUGUUAUGACAAGCGGCUUUUCUUAGAGUAUAUAUACGCGUCAUCCAUGAAACUUAACACGAACAGGCAAGCAGAAUAAACGCGCAUUAAUUUUAUUAAAUGGAC